UGCCCAUCUGCAACUGGACCAGGAGUGUGGAGUAUUCCAGUGGAGAUCGGUUACUCAAGGCCUGUUGGUAUUUUGUCGUGUCUGAGACACAUUAUCGAGGCUGAGGGAUUGCGAGCCUUGUUUAAAGGUCUUGGACCAACGUUAGUUGGUGUUGCCCCAUCAAGAGCAUUAUACUUCUCGGUGUAUGCAAAAGCUAAGCACACACUCAACAGGAGUGGUGUGGUGUUACCGGACAGCAAGUUUGUACAUGUUGGAGCAGCAUGCUCAGCAGGUAUUACAACAUCAACAUUGUCCAGUCCUCUGUGGGUUAUCAAAACAAGACUCCAGCUUGAUAACGGUGCUACAAGGGGCCAAAUAAUGAAACUUAUUCACAACAUAUGGAAGACUGAUGGAUUCAAGGGUUUCUAUCGAGGACUAACAGCGACUUAUGUUGGCGUUACAGAGACUGUUAUUCACUUUGUGAUUUAUGAACACAUUAAAGCUGAAGUAAAGAGACAUAACUGCAAAGUGCGAGGCAAUAAUGAGAAGAAUAUAGUGGACUUUUUGCAAUUUAUGAUGGCUGCUGCUACUUCAAAGUGCAUAGCAUCUGUAGCAGCAUAUCCACAUGAAGUAAUCAGGACUCGACUGAGACAGAAAGAACUAGAUGGAAAGAGAAGAUAUCACUCAUUCUUUCAGGCCUUCAGGAAAAUACUCCGUGAGGAAGGUAGAGUUGGACUUUAUGGUGGACUGGGAACUCAUCUUCUUCGACAAGUUCCGAACACUGCAAUCAUGUUUCUCACCUAUGAAGCUGUGGUAAAUUUUCUGUGCAAGGAAGAUCUGCCUUAUUGAGCUUAUAUGUCACAGACUAGAAAGUUUAUUCUACUAUUUAAAUGUGUGGGAAAAAAUAAAUGUAACAUGUAUAUCACUAGUGCAAUAAUAUAUGGUAGGGAGUACAUGAAAUGAGAAGAAAUUUAGUCUCGAAUUCAAAUGACUUUUUAAGUCUGGUCACUUUGAAAAAAGAGACCUUAAUGUUGUACAAACUAUGCUCCAAGUCAUUGUCAUAGACUCCAUGGCAUUACUAGCCUGAUUUAGCGAUAAUAACUACAGAAUUUGGUUGCUUUUUGUAUUUCUAUUAAUUUUUAAGCAACCCACCUGUUGAAUUUUACAACCAGAUUGAGUUCAUGGUUCAUUGUUUUCAUACUUUAAGUUGUAAAAUAGCAAUUUUAUACUUUUGUACAAAGAGAUCUGAAAGAUAGUCUGUUCUGCGUCUUAAAAGAUAAUUUUAUAUUUGAAAAGAUUUAUUUAAUUAGGAUAUAUUGUUUAAGAUUAAAGUGAAAACAAGCCAUGUAAACACUGAACUUUACAAACAAGUUGAAGUUUAUGAACGUUGGUGUCCUUAGAGUAAUAAAGUUAUCUUAAUGAUG